GGUCCUUUCACCCCAAAAAAUGGAAGACGGGGUGCAUAAUGGUGGAACACAACGGAAUGGAAAGGGGGAAAAAUGAAAAUUCCAAAGAGAAAAUUGUUCCUUUUCAUAAUCUUUGCAUAUGUGGCGUUUUCACUCUACGCCGCGUACAAUGUGUUCUUUAGCACCAAAGUCAUCUCCCGCGUUCACAGGGUAGUGAAAAAAGAGGCAGGACCCUCGGGACGUGCUCGGGAUGGCGGAGCUGCUCCAUUCUUAGCGGAUGAGUGGAAUCCGUGGGAGGAUGAACAGGUGGAGUACAACUCCGACCUGAAUAAAAAGAGAGAGGCCUUCAAACAGCAUAUGGUACGAAUCGAAAAGAUCAAACCCAAAAGAUUUAAAGUCCAAAUCUGGGGUAAAGCGGCCAUAGGGCUUUACCUUUGGGAACACAUUUUAGAGGGUCCCCUCAACCCUACUGACAAGGUAGCACAAUGGAGAGAGGGUGAACUCCAAUCAGGAAAAAUUGAUUUCAGUUUCUACACAGGUCCGGCUGUCGUUCAGGGUCAUGUCCCUAUGGAUAUGAACAGUCUGGUUGUUGUCUUGAACGGUCGUGAGCAGCAGAAAGUAGCAUACUCUACACGCUGGCUGGAGCACGUCCAAACUCUAGUUCAUUCCCACACGGUGUCCCACGUGGCUGUGGUCCUGCUGGGAAACGAGCAUUGCAACAAUGAGUGGAUUGGCCCAUACUUAAAGAGAAAUGGCGGCUUUGUGGAUCUGCUCUUUAUCGUGUAUGACAGCCCUUGGGUCAACGACAGAGAUGUCUUCCAGUGGCCCCUUGGUGUUUCCACGUACAGGCAGUUUUCCAUGGUUAGGCCCAGCUCUGAGAUGAUCACCUCCAACAGACCAUACCUCUGCAAUUUCCUUGGAACUGUUUACAAGAAUUCUUCCAGAGAAACACUCAUGCAGAUUCUAAAACAAUCUGGCCUUGAGAAAGAUUGCAUUACUUUUGCCAGGGAGAAGUGGCUCCCCCAGGAGACAGCAGAGAGUCAGAAGCGCUAUCAGACCGCGCUAGUCCAGAGCGAGCUCACCCUCUGCCCCGUCGGCAUCAACACAGAAUGCUACCGCAUCUACGAGGCCUGUUCUUACGGCUCGGUUCCUGUAGUAGAAGACGCACUGACGCCUGGGACAUGCGCGGCUGGGCCCAGCUCCCCGCUGCGUCUCCUGAAGGCGGCGGGAGCCCCCUUCAUCUUCAUCAGCGAUUGGAGGGAGCUUCCCGUGAUUCUAGAGAGGGAGAGAGGAAUGAGCCAGGAGCAGAGAGUGGACAGGAGGAGGAGGUUGCUGGAGUGGUACGCCACUUUCCGUCAGCAAAUGAAGGAGAGGUUCACUGAGGUUAUCGAGGAGAACUUCUUCAAAAGCGGCUGAUUUUGUUACUGAAGGUUGUAUACUCACACUUGGCCAAUCGUGGCUUUUUCCGUGAUUCCCUCUCUUUGUAACUGAGCAUUUAUGCUGCAGCCCCUCUACUUGUCCAAUCACUUUUAUUCCACUGUAAUUUUCCUGUAUUAGUGGAUUGUUAUUUUGAGUCAUUCUGAAUAUUACAUUUUUGCAAGGUAGCGACAGUCAUCAAUUACUUUCGAGGAGUGAUUGCAAUAAUUAAAUGACAACCAGUCUUUGCAUUUAUUUUCUAUCAUACACUAUAUUGACAAAAGUAUUUGGCCACCUGCCUUGACUCGCAUAUGAAUUUGAAGUGCCAUCCCAUUCCUAACCCAUAGGGUUCAAUAUGAUGUCGGUCCACCUUUUGCAGCUAUUACAGCUUCAACUCUUCUGGAAAGGCUGUCCAUAAGGUUGCGGAGUGUGUUUAUAGGAAUUUUCUACCAUUCUUCCAAAAGCGCAUUGGUGAGGUCACACACUGAUGUUGGUCGAGAAGGCCUGGCUCUCAGUCUCCGUUCUAAUUCAUCCCCAAGGUGUUCUAUCGGGUUCAGAUCAGGACUCUGUGCAGGCCGGUCAAGUUCAUCCACACCAGACUCUGUCAUCCAUGUCUUUAUGGACCUUGCUUUGUGAACAGUCAUGUUGGAAGAGGAAGGGGCCCGGUGGCCCGCUCCAAACUGUUCCCACAAGGUUGGGAGCAUGGAAUUGUCCAAAAUUUUUUGGUAUCUGUGAGCAUUCAAAGUUCCUUUCACUGGAACUAAGGGGCCAAGCCCGACUCCUGAAAAACAACCCCGCACCAUAAUCCCUCCUCUACCAAAUUUCACACUCUGCACAAUGCAGUCCGAAAUGUACCGUUCUCCUGGCAACCUCCAAACCCAGACUCGUCCAUCAGAUUGCCAGAUGGAAAAGCGUGAUUCAUCACUCCAGAGAAGGCAUCUCCACUGCUCUAGAGUCCAGUGGCGACGUGCUUUACACCACUACAUCUGACAUUUUGCAUUGGACUUGGUGAUAUAUGGCUUAGAUGCAGCUGUUCGGCCAUGGAAACCCAUUUCAUUAAGGUCUCUGCGUACUGUACGUGGGCUAAUUGGAAGGUCACAUGAAGUUUGGAGCUCUGUAGCAACUGACUGUGCAGAAAGUCGGCGGCCUCUUUGCACUAUGCGCUUCAGCAUCCGCUGACCCCGCUCUGUCAGUUUACGUGGCCUACCACUUUGUGGCUGAGUUGCUGUUGUUCCCAAACUCUUCCAUUUUCUUGACUUUGGAAUAUUUAAGAGCGAGGAAAAUUCACGACUGGAUUUGUUGCACGGGUGGCAUCCUAUGACAGUUCCACGCUGGAAAUCACUGAGCUCCUGAGAGCGGUCCAUUCUUUCACAAAUGUUUGUAGAAACAGUCUCCAUGCCUAAGUGCUUGAUUUUAUACACCUGUGGCCGGCCAAGUGAUUAGGACACCUGAUUCUCAUCAUUUGGAUGGGUGGCCAAAUACUUUAGGCAAUAUAGUGUAUAUAACUAAGGUGUUGCUGCAGUUACUUCAGAUGCAGUCUGUAAUCAUUUGCUCAACUUUAGUUAUACUCAUCGUGUUCCUCAAGGUUCUAUUUUAGGUCCUCUCUUUUUAAUCAGUUGGACCAUGCAACUGGUGUCCCACGAGUUCAGUUCAAAAUCAACUUUUUUUUUCUUAAAAACAUGAGUGCUGUCAUAGAGAUGAUCUUUGACUAGCCUUUUUUGCAAAAUGUCCUUAAAACAGCAGAGCGUUCCUCUAACUGACCAAAAUGUCUAUUGUAGUGGAAGCUGGUUCUCUGGCAUAUACAAAAUAAGACUAUUAGUGAAGGGAGAAGUCCGGGUCCCCUGUCCUUAGCUUUCUGUAGUUGUCCUUGGACGAAGGAAUAAUGGCCCACCUUUUUCGAUGGUGUGUUUGGGCGCGGAUCAGUGUGCUCCCACUAGCCCAACAUGCCGUGCUCUAAACUCUGAUUUAGUUUAUAGGGUGAGAAGUGGAGAAAUGUGAUUGCAAUUGUGUGUAGUCUACUCUGUGCAGGUUAAGUAAUAUGUUGAGUAAGUUGUGCGAGACUUAAUAUAUUUCUUUGUGUUUACAUUUUAGAUGUUGACGGUGAUGGAAUGUUCAGUCAUGUGGUUUGAUUAGAGAACAAGAUGCCUUUACACACUGAGCUCCGUGUAUUUGAAUUAUAUUUUGUAUAUGUUUGUACGCACUUAAUUGGUUAAAAAAAAUGCUACAGCACUGCACUAGAAACAGAUUGUCAUGGGCUUUAAUUUUAUUUUGUAUGAUUUGUUUAAAAGGGAUAUUUGGGUGUUGCAUGUGUAAAGUAUGUAUUUUCGGUGCUGUGUUUGCAUGGUGUUUUUCUGUCUGCAUUACAAUAAAGGUUAGUUUCUGGUAGCAUAGUGUUCAUCCUGCAGAUGGCGCCAUGGUCGAGUUUUUAAAUUCUAAACUGACUUGCCAUGAACCCACUUUCAUAAAUAAUUGCACUUGAUACAGUUGGGAAAUUUUUUUCAACAACUUUUUUGUUAAAUUGAUGUUUAUAGCAAAAGUGCUUGCUUUAAUAAAUAUGAACACAUCAAUUAAGUAAUAGGUGGGGUGGCGGAUACUGAACAUUUUGGAGUCGCUCCGAUACCAAGUAAAUACAAAGCCAUUUUUAAUCGCCAAUGUGUAUUCCGAUACUUUUUACUUGAAAAUGUUUCAAGCUCAUUGAAUGAUUUUGUGAUUCUACCUUUAAUUUGUUGAUCAUAAUUAUAAUAAUAAAAAAAACAAGACAAUGAUUUUAGACAAACAAAAAUAAUUUGUAUCAACUUAUUUGUGGACAUUUUAACAAACUAUAUGAGACAGUGUUAUGUCUACAAAAUAUUGUAAUACAAUUAUAUUAUUCUGUAGUAAAUUAUGUUUGUAUUUUUGUAAUUAUUUGAUUGUCUUUACUGUACUAUGUAUAUUUUGGUUGUAUUUAUUGUUCUUUUAAAUGCAUUGCUCUUAUUUAAUUUGGCUAGUUUUUAUUGUUUGAAUGUGAAAUGGUGGAGUAUAAGCUAAAGUAUUAUUUAUUGUUUUUAUGAUGGUAUGCACUACUUUGAAAAGAUUGUAUGUCAGAUUUGCUAAAAAAUAAAUGGAUUGGAAUGGAUAUACAAUUGUUUAAGCAAAAUUGAGUCAAUAUAGUGCAAAAUUACUAAACAAAUGCAAAAAUUACAAUUGGAUUUUGGCACAAAACCCCCUGAUAUUUUUGUGGAAAUACAAAACCCAAAACCAAUAAAGUUGGCACGUUGUGUAAAUCGGAAAUAAAAACAGGAUACAAUGACUUGCAAAUCCUUUUGAACUUAUAUUUAUUUGAAUACACUGCAAAUACAAGAUACUUAACAUUAGAACUGAGAAACGAAAACAUUUUUUGCAAAUAAUCAUUAACUUAGAAUAUGAUGGUAGCAACACAUUGCAAAAAAGUUGGCAUCAAUUGUAGUUAUUGGCAGUGGUUUUCUGAAGUAUUCAUGAGCCCAUGUGGUGAUACCCUUUACACACUUAUGUCGCUUUUUGAUGCAGUACCGCCUGAGGGAUCAAAAGGUCUGGUUGAGAAAUGUUGUUCUUAAACUGUUCGACAAUUUGCUCACGCAUUUGUUCACAAAGUGGUGACCCUCGCCCCAUCCUUGUUUGUGAAUGACUGAGCAUUUCAUGGAAGCUGCUUUUAUACCUAAUCAUGGCGCCCACCUGUUCACCUGUGGGAUGUUCCAAAUAAGUGUUUGAUGAGCAUUCCUCAACUUGCUCAGUCUUUUUUUCCACUUGUGCCAGCUUUUUUAAAAUAUGUUGCAGGCAUCACAUUCCUAAUGAGCUAAUAUUUGCAAAAAAUAACAAAGUGUACCAGUUCGAAUGUAAAGUAUCUUGUCUUUGCGGUGUAUUCAAUGGAAUAUAGGUUGAAAAGGAUUUGCAAAUCAUUGUAUUCUGGUUUUAUUUACGAUUUACACAACGUGCAAACUUCACUGGUUUUGGGGUUUGUACAAACAUGUCAGUCUAAUCAAGCUAUACUUGGUGGGUGGCAUUGAUCAUUGGAGCUAUCUAGUCAAAUUUAUACCAUGCAUACAUGUUGACGUGACUAGCAAUCUAAAGUGAUUUAAAGCUGUGUUUACAUUAAAUUAUGCAUACUUAUGUGGGUAUAUUUUAAAAAAAAUUUUUAUUCAUCUAUGGUCUAGGGCAGGGGUGUCAAACGUACGGCCCGAGGGCCGGAUCAGGCCCGCAAACAGGUUCAACCGGUCCGCGGGAUGAGUUUGCUAAGUAUAAAAAUUAACCUGAAAUUUUUGAAUGAAAGAAACAGCUGUUCUAAAUGUGUUCACUGGAUUUCGCAAUAGCAAUUCUUUGUAUCUUUGUAGAUGAUGCUACAUAUGUACAAAAUAAACCACAUGUAGUUAGUACAGUGGUUCUUAACCUGGGUUCGAUCGAACCCUAGCGGUUCGGUGAGUCGGCCUCAGGGGUUCGGCGGAGGUCAAGACACACCCCACUCAUCGUGUAAAUGCAAACUUCUCCCUAUCGGCGUAUUAUGGAUACCCCCAAACAAUGUUCCCUCUAAUUUUCCAUCUGAUUUGCAGGUGUGUAAUUUGUUGUGAGUUCAUGCACUGUGUUGGUUUUGUUCUUUGAACAAGGUGAUGUUAAUGCACGGUUCAUUUUGUGCAACAGUAAAAAAACAGACAACUUUGUCUUGAAUUUGAAAACAAAUAAAUUGUAUUUUUCACUAAAAAAGGGUUCGGGGAAUGCCCAUAUGAAAGUGGUGGGGUUCCGUACCUCCAACAAGGUUAAGAACCACUGUGUUAGUACAUCAGUCGAGGAAAAUGAUCAAACUACAUAAAUAACAUACUGUAAUUUGAUUUUGAUAUUAUGAUAGAUUGAAAAUUAUCACCAAUGAGUUGACUGAUGAACAUUAUCACAUCAUUUAUUCAGAAAAUAUAAAUAACAACAAAUAAAGUAUAUAUACUAUUAACCACAACAGGUAAUUAUAAAAGAAAACCCAACAACAUUAUGAUUUGUACAUUUUCAGAAUGUGCUUGUUCUAUUUUCAAACAAAGAAAACAAUCUGAAAUUGUCUUUAUUUUUAAGUUUUGGUGCCGUGAUUUUACCAGUCCGGCCCACUUGGGAGUAGAUUUUUCUUCAUGUGGCUCUAAAAUGACUUUGACACCCCUGGUCUAGGGCAAGUGUUUCGAAAAUGGAUUUCACGGCAGGAUAUGCAUGUGAAUCA